AUGCAGCUCAGCAGGCUGCCAAAGACUGCUGCGGCGGCGGAUUCAAAGGCAGAAGCAGCAGCAGCAGCAGCGGAUUCAAAGGCAGCAGCAGCAGCGGCAGCAGCAGCAGCAAGAGGACGCAGCGUGAAAGCAGAGGCCUCCGGGGGGCCCCCAGGGGGGGCCCCCAGGGGGCCCCCGGGGCCCCCCCAAAGCCGGAAAGAUAAAGCUGAAGUUCUGGCUGCCUUAAAGCGAGAACAGUCAAGCAGCAGCAGCAGCAGCAGCAGCGGGCACACGAAGAGCCGCACGAAGAGCAGCAGCAGCAGCAGCAGGAGAGGCAAGAAGCUGGAUGUGAUAAGGGGCCUCUGGAAGUACGCGAAGCAGCAGCAGCUGCAGCAGCAAGGAGACCCCCACACUAUUUGCUGCGACGAGCCGCUGCAGCAGCUUUUUGGGGGCCUCCAAAAAGUUAAUCUUUUUUCCGACAUCAACAGAUUGCUGCUGCCGCAUCUCAUCUACACUGAGCAGCAGGACCUUGCUGCUGCUGCUGCUGCUGCUGAGGGGGGAGCGGAGGCUGCUGCAGCGCCUGCUGCUGAAGCUGCUGCUGCCAAAAAGCAGGAGCUGAAGAAGGAGGAGCAGCAGCAGCAAGGACCUGCAGCAGCAGCAGCAGCAGCAAGACGAUCGCGCGCAAGAAGCAGCAGCGGAAGCAGCGGGGGGGUUUCCCUUUGCCUUUUGAAACCUCUUUGGGGGCCCCCAGGGGCCCCUUAA